CAUCCCGGCUCGGUCCCGGAUCCAUCCCGGCUCGGUCCCGGCUCCGGUUACAUCACCAGCUCCUCCACCAGCUCAGGUCCUGGCUGCUGUAGGAGCUCCGAUCUCUACUCUGUCCCCGGCUUUGAUUUUAGCCCCUUCCUCAGCUCCACUCCUGGUUCCAUCACCGGCUCUGCUCUCUUCCCCUUCACCAGCGCAAGCCCUGGUUCCAUCCGCAGAUCCACUCCUGCUCCUGGUCCCAUCCUUGUCCCCGGCACCAGCCCUGCUGCUGUCACCAUCCCUGUCCCUGUUCCCAUCCCCAUCUCCCGCCCCGCUGCUGUCCCCAGCCUGGCUGCUCUUCCCAAGCCCAUCCCCGUUGUUGUGACCAUCCCUAUCCUUACCCUCAUCCCUAUCCCCAUCCGCAUCUCCAUCCUCAUCCCUGUCCCCACUGGGACUUGAGGAUCUCGGUGGGCGGCCGGGUGCCGUCCAUCCCCCCAGCAUCACCAUUGCACCCAAGGGCGACGAGGACCUGCUGGCACUGGCGGCGUCGCGGCUGAGCCGGCGGAAGCGGGUGGCCGGGGCAGCUGUUGGCGUGGCCAUGGUGCUGGUGCUGCUGGUGGCCAUCCCGCUGCUGGUGCACAGCUCCAAGGCGGCCGCACACUAUGAGAUGCUGGGCAGCUGCCGUAUGGUCUGUGACCCCUACCCCGAGCUGCCCGUGGCCUCCCCACCGCCCUUCCUGCCCGGUGCCAAGGGUGAGCCGGGCCGCAAGGGCCGUGCUGGGGUACGGGGACCCCCAGGGCCACCAGGACCACGGGGGCCACCGGGUGAACCGGGCCGGCCAGGGCCACCAGGGCCACCGGGGCCGGGUCCUGGGGGGUACAUCCCCUCCUUCUACAGCCCCAAGAUCGCCUUCUAUGCUGGGCUGCGGAAGCCCCACGAGGGCUACGAGGUGCUGCGCUUUGACGAUGUGGUCACCAACGUGGGCAAUUACUACGAGCCCUCGAGUGGGAAGUUCACCUGUCCCCUUCCCGGCAUCUACUUCUUCACCUACCAUGUCCUCAUGCGUGGUGGCGAUGGUACCAGCAUGUGGGCCGACCUCAUGAAGAACGGACAGGUCCGGGCCAGCGCCAUCGCACAGGAUGCGGACCAGAACUACGACUACGCCAGCAACAGCGUCAUCCUGCACUUGGACGUGGGGGACGAGGUCUUCAUCAAACUGGACGGGGGCAAAGUGCAUGGCGGCAACACCAACAAGUACAGCACCUUCUCUGGGUUCAUCAUCUACCCCGACUGACCCCCCGGGGCUCCUCCCUUUCAAACCCACCCCCAUCAGUGCUCCGUGUCCCCCUCCCCGCAUGCAACACCCAAGGGUGGCAUCAGGGUGUCCCGGUGCUGUCCCCAUCCCCGCAGCUGAUCGUGGGGCAUCAUGAC